UGCCGGAGUUGCGGCUCGCUCGAGCUCUCCGGCGCUGGCGCGCGGGGAAAGUUGGGCGGCGGGUCGGGCUCGGCGGCGGCGGCGGCUCCGAUGCGGCGGAAGCAGAAGCGGCUGCUGCAGGCGGUGGGGCUGGCGCUGGCCGCCCUCGUCUUCCUGCCCAACGUGGGGCUCUGGUCCCUCUACCGGGAGCGGCAGCUGGAGGGCGGCGCGGGGGGGGCCGCGGCGGCGGCAGCCGGAGGGGAGGCGCAGGGUUCGCAUGUGAGGCAAAGGAAAGAAGUUUAUUUUGACGAUGGACAAAGGAAAAAGGACUGGCAUGAUAAAGAAGCUAUAAGGAGAGACUUGGCACGCAUAGGAAAUGGAGAGCAGGGAAAACCUUACCCGAUGACUGAUGCAGAGCAAGUGGACCAAGCAUACAGGGAAAAUGGCUUUAAUAUCUUUGUGAGCGAUAACAUUUCUCUUAAUCGCUCCCUUCCAGAUAUCAGACACCCAAACUGCAAUAACAAGCUGUACCUGGAGAAGCUCCCAAACACCAGUGUGAUAAUCCCAUUCCACAAUGAAGGAUGGUCAUCUCUCCUCCGGACAGUGCACAGCAUCCUAAAUCGCUCCCCUCCUGAGCUGAUAGCAGAAAUUGUGCUGGUGGAUGACUUUAGUGACAGAGAACACCUGAAGAAACGUUUGGAAGACUACAUGGCCCAGUUCCCAAAUGUCCGAAUCCUGCGCACCAAGAAGAGAGAAGGGCUAAUAAGAACUCGAAUGCUGGGGGCCUCUGUGGCAAUAGGAGAUGUGAUCACAUUCUUGGAUUCUCACUGCGAGGCCAAUGUGAACUGGCUGCCACCUCUGCUAGACCGCAUUGCUCGGAACCGCAAGACUAUUGUGUGCCCGAUGAUUGACGUAAUUGACCAUGACCACUUUGGAUAUGAGACCCAAGCUGGAGAUGCGAUGCGAGGGGCAUUUGACUGGGAGAUGUAUUACAAGCGGAUCCCUAUCCCUCCUGAAUUACAGAAACCUGAUCCUAGUGAUCCCUUUGAGUCUCCUGUAAUGGCUGGAGGAUUGUUUGCAGUCGAUAGAAAGUGGUUCUGGGAGCUGGGAGGGUAUGAUGCAGGUCUGGAGAUAUGGGGAGGAGAACAGUAUGAAAUAUCCUUUAAGGUGUGGAUGUGUGGGGGUCGCAUGGAGGACAUCCCUUGCUCCCGAGUGGGUCACAUCUACAGGAAAUAUGUUCCUUACAAGGUUCCAACAGGAGUCAGUCUGGCAAGGAACUUGAAGCGUGUGGCUGAAGUGUGGAUGGAUGAAUACGCAGAGUACAUUUACCAGCGUAGACCUGAGUACCGGCAUCUCUCCGCGGGGGAUGUGACUGCUCAGAAGGAACUUCGCAACAAUCUCAACUGCAAGAGCUUCAAAUGGUUCAUGAGUGAGGUAGCUUGGGACUUGCCAAAAUUCUACCCACCAGUGGAGCCCCCGGCUGCUGCCUGGGGAGAGAUCCGUAAUAUAGGAACUGGUCUGUGUGCAGAUACGAAACACGGAACUCUGGGCUCCCCACUCAGGCUGGAAAUCUGUGUGAAAGGCAGAGGAGAGGCGGCUUGGAACAACAUACAGGUAUUCACCUUCAGCUGGCGGGAAGAUAUCCGUCCUGGGGACCCUCAGCACACAAAGAAGUUCUGUUUCGAUGCCAUUUCCCACAGCAGCCCUGUGACCCUCUAUGACUGUCACGGAAUGAAGGGGAACCAGCUGUGGAGAUACAGGAAAGACAAGACCCUUUACCACCCAGUAAGCAGCAGCUGUAUGGACUGCAGCGAGAGUGACCGAAAGAUCUUUAUGAAUACCUGCAAUCCCUCUUCUCCAACACAGCAGUGGAUAUUUGAACACACAAACUCAACCGUCUUGGAAAAAUUUAACAGAAAUCUUGAUCUUUAAAGACUGCAAAUAUAUAUAUAAUUAUAUAUAUAUUUUACAGUUAUAGUUUUUACCGGGGAGGGUUACAAAAAAAGUAAGGUUUUUUUUUUAAAACAAACAAGGUAAAAGGGAGAAUCUCAGGAGAGGGUGUGACCAGCUGGCCAAUCUUUAUUUUGAAGAUGCUGCAUCUUUCUCUUUUUGGGGAUGAUGGAAUUCCAUGAGGCUUUACCCGAGUCACUUGCCUAUCAAGAUGGGAUCAGAAACUCUAUUUUUAAAGGAUUGUGAACCUGGUUCAACCUGCAUUUAGAUCACGUGUGGUACUGUCCCAGAUGCUAAAGCAUUCCCAAAUAGUCACUUUACCUCCAAGAAUCAAUCCAAGCAAAACCUGCACUCAAAAUUACAGUGCAAAGUCAACAUAACAGCACCUGACAAAUACACUGACUUCCAAUGCAUUGAAACUUAAAAUGCAAUAGAAAAAUGAAAAGUGUAUGUCUCUUCUGUGCACCAAACCAAAAUAUGCUUAAAGCAGCUUUGCCUCAUAAUGCCUUCCAAAGGAAUAGAUCUCUUAACAGAAAACAGUUUGAGUGAACUAAGGGCAGCUGAGACUAAUGUUUCAGUGAGUACAAGUCACUGGUAGAAAAAACCCAAUUUUAGGUCCAUGCACCUUGCUCUUAGCUACCCAUCGUUGGGUCUCUUCAAUAUGAAGGAAUAGAAAAAAAAGUUUUCCAGUAAGGUGACAGCCUACAGCUAAAAUAAUUAUGGUGACUCUCGCCACAGGUUCUUCAAUGGCUAAUAUCACAAUGCACAGUAACUUAUAGUUCAGGGUGGCUUUAGGAUAGAAACAUUCCAAGGAUCCUUGCCAUAAAAUCUACUGCAUGGGAAAAUCUCCAGUUUUUCUCUAGAGACCUGGGGCCAAAUACACUCUUAGCACGAGCAGCUGCAAUUCCACUGACGUUGAUGGAUUUGAGACAGCUACCCAGGGUUUAAUUUGGUCUGUGGUCUUCUGUGGCCAGCAGGUCAUCUGUCAGGUAACCCCAGGGUAAGCCCAUGCACAAGGCCAUUAUGCUCUCACAAAUGACUGCAUAAUUAUCCUUCUGCUAAGAUGCUGCAUAAAUCUACCGAACUAACCAUUUUCCUAUCAUCACCCAGCUGCUUGGCUUGUCCACCUAUCCUUAUAGGCACUGUACAUGUGGCCAGCUCUGGGACUGUGAAGCAUGCAGCAGCGUGAGGGGCUGAAGCGACCAAAGCACUGUCUUGGGAAGAGCAGGCUGCUCUCAGGGGCUCCUAAGCAGCACAGUAAUGGAUUUCCGCUCCUGCAGCGGCAUGAAGCGCCACACUUCAGGCAUCCUCCCUGCUGUGUAGCUCCUAAGUUUCACAAGAGACCUUUGCUCUGAUCAGGUUCAAGAGGCCCAUGUGACAGCUGCCUUGUGUUCCAGGCCUCCUCUUGCUCACCACAAGAUAGUAGUUCAGCCUCUCUGCUGCUGCCUGCUCCCUGCUGCUCCAGUGGUUAUCAGGUGACUCUGUCAUCUCUUAAUGAUGGUGCAGAAUUUGAUGCAGCUUUGCCACAUAAAUCAGUGGGCUUGCUGCAUGGCGUGCAGAAUCUCAAAAGUAGUAAACCCAGACUUGACUUCUCUGAUGUUGCUCAUUGCAGCAUUGUUGCAAAUGAUUCACAUAGUCCUUUGAAGUCAAGCGUUGCUUCAUUUGGAGGGGUGGGAGGACAGAGACUUGACUGCCCUUUGGGAUAGUCCAUAUUUUUUCUGUGAUCCCUACGUGAUGCCAGCAUACCACAGCAAGAGUUGUUGUACAAACUAGACCAAUGCUACACUGGGUUAACAUUCUUUGAUUAAAAUAUAAUUUUAUAUGUUCUAAAUAUCUGUAACAUGUCUCUCAUUAGAAGCACUUUUUAAUACCAUGGGGAGAAGCGCCAGUUUCCAGUACUUGGCAAGUAGCUGUCAGAUGUUUUCCUUAAGUUAUUAAUGCUCUCAUUAGUCUGGCUGUACUGACUGUGGCUCACUAAAUGGCCUGACUCGAUGUCUUUAUGAAUGUUUUAAUACCUGUGGAACAAGACGCUGUACGUGAAGAGCACGAGUUUAUUAUAAUUGGAACACAAGGUCAGUACAUGAGCUGUUGAUCAUUCCACUGCAGCUAGCAGUGCUGUAACGUUAAUGCCUGCAUUUUAGUUUUCCACUUCAUUAGGGGAUCAGCUUCUGUUUAAAAUACAUGGCUUUCUCUGUACUUGGGCUCACCUUGUGAGCAAAGUUUUGGACACUUUUAGCUGCUCAGCAUGUUGGACACAAGCUUCUGAGAUGAUUGGUAAUGGGAUAGGGAGCCUCUGAUAUCUAGGUCAGUGAUUUGACUUUGGCUCAAGUGCAGUUGUUUGGCAACAUGCACCAAAAGACUAGGUGAUCUUAAUGCAGUUCCUACUUGACAGAUAUUGAUCACAGGACCACUCUCACAACCGGCACCACUGCUGCCCGGCUCAGCACAGAGGCCAGGAAUCUCGUUUAAGGGUGGUCUCUCCAGGUCAGUUGAAGUGCUGUCAAUCUGGUUCAUUUCACAAAGUUAUAGAUUUCAAAACAUGAAUGUCCCAUGAAUUCAGUGUGCCUAUGUCUGAUUGAUUGUCUCAGUGGUGUUCCUUGAGCUGCUAUUUUACUUACAUUAGACAUUUCAAUGCCCCAGAGGCUUUGCUGACUAAUGGGAAGUAUUACCAUAGUCGGCCACCUACUGAUUGAGAAAUAGAAAUUAUAUUUCUCAAUCUUCAUCUUUAAUUGAGCUUUUGCUGAGCAAUCAGGCUAAUUAUUCCAAUUAUGUUUAGUUAGUUAUAAGCAAAAAUCACCAAAGCAUGAAUCCAUAAACAAAUCCUCACAUUUGUAUGCAAGUCAAGAUCAGGUCUCCAAAUGCCAUCAGUUACCUAAUGGAAAAUGCAUGCUUUUCACAUCCAGAUACAGUAGUUUUCAAAACUGUAAUUUAAAAAAAAAUCUCUGCCCCGGCUUCAUAAAUUCUCUAGUUUGUGGCAAGACUACAUAUAAGAAUUCUGAAGUACAGUGGGUUGCUGUGUGGUGUGUUCACAUACAUUUCAGUACCCAAAAUGCGCUUCCAUCUCUUGCCUAUUUCAUAGUGGUGUUAAUGUCUGACCUCUGUGAGCCAACUACCUGGGUGCAGGGAGUUUUCCUGUAGGCUUUGGCAACAAAUUCCCCCCCCCCCCCCCCCCCCAGUGGAAUGCUGUGUGAGGCUUAAUGAAAGGGGAAUACAGCAUCGUUAAAAUAAAGAUGUGCCUUUUUAAAUGCAAAUGUACAGCAAAUGCCUAAACUUGAACCAUUUCCUAGUGCCUUGCUGGACAAGAGUGAAGUGGACUGGGGAGCAGGAUGUACAAGAGAGUUUGAUGCAGUGUGCAAUUACCAUUCUGUUGUGUGGUUUUGUUUUUAAAUGUCUGAUUUUAAGUACAAAUUUUCGGACGACAGAAGGUAGAUGCAGGGGCUCCGGGGUUUCUGUAUUAAGAGUAUCCAUUAAUGGCUGUACUUUUCUUCACAGUCAGUAUGAAGUCUGGACAUGGAAGCCUCAUUCUUCUUCGAGUGAUGGUCUAUCCUCUGCGGGUUACGCUUGGGACAUAGAGUAGGAGCUCAACUGAUAUUAGACCAGAGGAUUUCUUGGGCUGGUUGCUGUAUGUUUAAUCCCUGAUAAAGGCACGUAUAAUAUCUGUUUAAUCAAGGGAACAGCAUCCAGGAGUUCACAGUUCAUACUCAAUGUAUUCCGAUACAGAGCUUUUCAUAAGUGGUUCCAACAGGAUAUCAGAAUCUAAGUGAAAGGAUAAUGUGGUAACUUCCAUAAACUCAACACCAUGGAUCAGUGGGGAGCAAAUCUGUAAUACAGAAGUAGCAAGAAAGCAAUUCCUUAGCCACUGUUCUUAUGUUCUGUGGUAGUUUAUACCUAUGUAAUGCCAGUUCAGCAGGUUUUCCCCCUUGCCUCGCUGGAAGUCUGUAGUGUUAAUACUGGAACUUUAAUGAGCACUGAGGUUUCACAAGUAACUGGUUAUUGGUACUAACAGUAGAUCUCGGUGCUCCUGUAGCUACCAACGUAUCGUUAUGGUAAUUGCACGUCCUUUUAGGAGUGAGGAAGAUCACGUAAGAGCCAUGUGAAAAGUCAGACUGCGACACUGGGUGAAAGGGGGCCAGUUUUCAUUUACAUCUUUCUUUUGAGAUAUGAGCAGGAUGUUGAAAUGUUGUGGUUGGGGUGUGUGGACAGCUUGCUGCAGCCGGCCAGUAAUACAUGGUAUCAAAUAAAACUGUCAAGACUAAGAGAUCUAGAACAGUCAAUGGCUGUAGGAUUGGCUUUCAAACAUGCGUGUCAUGCCACACUUUCAUUCUACCUGGCUGCUACAUUCUCAGAAGCAGAUAAGUAGUGAAAUACACAAGCAACAUUUCAGAGUUAACAGCCCACAGCAAAUGGGCCAUUAAGUACCCAAGCCAGUCAUUACCUGACAUAUAAAAACCAGCGAACCGGUUGUCAUUUCCACUACAAAAGGAUUGUUUAGCAUCAAGUGUUCUUAAUGUUUUAUAUUUUGUUUCAUUUUAACCAGAUGAAUAUUGUGGAAAGCGAGUUGGCAAAGCACUGUUAACCAACAAUGAGUAGCUUGAGGCUAACUUCUGUGAUAUCCAGUGUAUUUUU